AUGGCCGGCCCGCAGCAGGCCCCGCACCUCCACCUGGCCGAGCUCACCGCCUCUCAGUUCCUCGACGUCUGGCGACAUUUCGACGCGGACGGAAAUGGCUACAUCGAAGGCAAAGAGCUGGAAAACUUCUUCCAGGAGCUGGAAAGUGCGAGGAAGGGGGCGGGUCCGGACUCCAAGAACGACGACUUGGGUGACAAGAUGAAGGAGUUCAUGCAUAAGUACGACAAAAAUGCAGAUGGCAAAAUUGAGAUGGCGGAGCUGGCCCAGAUCCUGCCCACGGAAGAGAAUUUCCUGCUGUGUUUCCGCCAGCAUGUGGGCUCCAGCUCGGAGUUCAUGGAGGCUUGGCGCAGGUACGACACGGACCGCAGUGGCUACAUCGAAGCCAACGAGCUCAAGGGCUUCUUGUCGGACCUGCUGAAGAAGGCAAACCGGCCCUAUGAUGAGCCCAAGCUGCAAGAGUACACGCAGACCAUCCUGCGGAUGUUCGACAUGAACGGUGAUGGGAAGCUGGGCCUCUCGGAGAUGUCCCGACUUUUACCCGUGCAAGAAAAUUUCCUUCUGAAGUUCCAGGGGAUGAAGCUGUCCUCGGAGGAGUUCAACGCCAUCUUCGCCUUCUAUGACAAGGAUGGAAGUGGCUUCAUUGACGAGAAUGAGCUGGACGCGCUUUUGAAAGACCUGUACGAGAAGAAUAAGAAAGAGAUGAACAUCCAGCAGCUCACCAACUACAGGAAGAGCAUCAUGAACCUCUCUGAUGGGGGCAAACUCUACCGCAAGGAACUGGAGAUCGUGCUCUGCAAUGAGCCCCCCAUGUAG